AAGCGGUGACCGGAUAUUCACGCGUUCUUUCUCUCCAUGUUGACGCUCGUGCUCCUGGCUCAGAUACCCAUCAGCAGUUGGCUUUGGCAGGACGGUUGAGCAUGAACCCUCCUCACGUGGGGAUGUGCCGCUUUUUCCUGACGCGUCUAAGGUGUUAUUGCGUUCCCUCAGACGAUUCCCCCUCUAGAAUGAAGAUGGCGUGUUUUUGAGCGCUUUGAGGAAAUAAGUGCGUCGUUGCGCGUGAGAGCUUUAAGUUUGAGAAGUGGGGCUGUUCUCAUGCAGGACGAGGUGUGAGAACACGGAUCCCGAACCUGCUUGAGAAAAGAGUCCGGGUUUUGUCAACACAGGAGAGGCUUCUAAAAGUCUGAUCUGCAGGAUGAGACGCGGAGAGGAGGAACAGCACUGGGACAUCACGUUACCGUUUGUGCCGACGGCGUGAUUUACAGUUUUUUUUUUUUUUUUUUGUCCAUCAUGGAGGAGAAGUUCAAUAGACUCAUCUUCAUUCCCAUUGCGGCGGUGCUCUUCUUAAUGAUCGGCUACCAGUAUGUGUGCCCUGCGGACAGCAACACCUGCUACUUCAGCGGAGACGACAAGGGGCUGUUCCAGCGCUACUCAUCCGGGUUGGAGUUAGUUUACGCGGAGCCGGACGCGGACGAGGACCUUCCCUCUAAGAUCACCUCCAAAUUCAACUUCACGGAGCGAGACCUGGACAGACGCAUUGACUUCGACAUCCGAGGAGAGGAUGUGAUGGUGUUUCUGCACAUCCAGAAGACCGGCGGGACGACGUUCGGGCGCCAUCUGGUCAAAAACAUCCAGCUGGAGCAGCCCUGCGACUGCAUGCCCGGCCAGAGGAAAUGCACCUGUCACCGGCCGGGGAAAGCGGAGUCGUGGCUUUUCUCCCGGUUCUCCACGGGCUGGAGCUGUGGGUUACACGCCGACUGGACCGAGCUGACGAGCUGCGUCCCCGUGGUGAUGAACAAGAAGGACAAGAAGAAUGCCCAGAGGAGCAAAAGGAAUUUUUACUACAUCACCAUGCUACGUGACCCUGUGUCACGCUACCUCAGCGAGUGGAAGCACGUGCAGCGCGGCGCCACGUGGAAAACCGCCCUCCACAUGUGUGAUGGCCGCCCUCCCACUCAGGACGAGCUCCCCGCCUGCUACAGCGGUGAAGACUGGACAGGCGUGUCGCUGAUAGACUUCAUGAACUGCCCCUCCAACCUGGCCAACAACCGGCAGGUCCGCAUGCUGGCCGACCUCAGCCUGGUGGGCUGCUACAACAUGUCGUCCAUGAGCGAGCUAGAGCGUGGCCACGUCUUACUGGCCAGCGCCAAGGCCAACCUACGCAACAUGGCGUUCUACGGCCUGACGGAGUUUCAGCGCAAGACGCAGUACCUGUUUGAGAGGACGUUCGGCCUGCGCUUCAUCCGGGCCUUUACGCAGAUCAACAGCACGCGCGCCGCCAGCGUGGGCAUCAGCGAGAAGGUGCGGUGGCGCAUUGAGGGGCUGAACGCUCUUGACGUGGAGCUGUAUGAGUACGCCAAGGAGCUGUUUCUGCGGCGCUAUCAGUACAACCGACAGCAGCAGCACCAGGAGGAGAGGAUGAGGAGGCGGCGGGAGCGGCAGCAAAGGCAGCGGAUGCACAGGACCUAUCUGGCUGAGCUGUGGAGACUAGGAGGAGGGGGGAAGGAAGAGGAGGAGGAGGAGGAGGAGGAGGGGGGGAAGGGGAUGGAGGAGGUAGCCACCACAGAGGAUUACAGCAGCCAGGUGGUGCGGUGGUGAGAACACAGUAACAGGAACUAAAAUGCACCAAUGCGCUGACUGAUCUCGGUUGGAUUCAUUGUGCUUUACUCUUUUCCCUCCGUCUCCACCCGUCUUGCUCCUGCUGUGAUUCUGCCAAAACCUGCUGCCCUCAUAGCCUCAUAGCGCUUUGUUGGAUUGCCGAAUGGUGUCUUAAUAUUUAUGAUGGAUGUAUUUGUCAUGGCAACACACACAUUUUGUAUUUUUUUUUUUUCUUAUGGCUAUUUUGGCACUGCAGUUGUGAGAUGUAUUUAUUUAAUCAUUUGCAAAUGCUUUGAAUGUUCUCAAAGCCGUGACAAUGUUCCUUAAAUUUCAAUUAAAAUGAAUAGAACUGAAAAAAUGGAGGACAAUGGUGGCCAAUUUUAGUAUAUUUUCAAUAUGACCUGAAGGAUCUGUUUAAUGUUUGUGAUAUAGCGCCGUGUCGAUCAGUGAAAUAUUGUAGUUAUUCUGUGGUGUUCGGCUUCAUAAGAAUAUCAAAGCACAAACUUGGCAAUAGUCUGCAGUGUGUUUUCUGACUGAUUAAGCUGCAAUAUACUGAAACAACCAAGGCAAUGUCUUGCAGGAAAUGUGUUCAAUAAAAAUAAGCAGCAUCCAGUGAUGUAAAUUUGUCCCUGAUGGACUCCCUGGUGCGGAUGUCUACAUGCAUGUGUUUUGCUUUUUCACAGCAUGUUCUCACUAUAAAAGUCUAAAAUCUUCA